ACCAUCUCCAGUCCCGCUCAUUCUGUCCUCGGAGGCCGUCUGGCGUCUGUCACAUACUUUUUCUAAAAGCCAGUGACAGGACACAGUCGCGUGCCCUUUGCACUUUGCUCAUCACCCGACAAAAGUUCCUUGGAGACUAAGGGGGUCCAUCUGCACCCCGAAGAGUGCUUGAGGAUUUCAAGGAGGGUUGAAUUACUGACUUCGCAAAAAUAUCAAAAUCACAGGGACAUGUCAACAUGCCACGUGGUCUAAGCACGUGCAGUCUGCUGCUCCUGUCAUGUGUGUGUGCUCUGGUCAUCUACACGUCAGCGCAAGAGCACUACCUGAGUUAUGACAACGCCACUGGUUUCUUGCACUUCCGAUGUCCACUGGAUUCUGACCUUAAGAACAACAAGCUCAUUGUUUCUACUUUUGGACGCUACAACCAACGGACUACCAGUGGACAGGUGUCGAGAAUAGCCAACUGGUAUAAUAAUUCGGCGACCAAAUCCGAUAACACAGGUAAGGUGGUCCUUACCACACGGCAGUAUGGCCUGAAGGGUUACCUGACAGACGUCAGGUGUGAAGACUCCCUCACCUACUACUGCUCUUACCACUUCAGCGAGUCUAAUGGGCGGAUAUCAACUCGUCUAGACAACUUCACCUUCUCCUUUGAAGGACCACCCAGUGUGUCCAUCGAGAGGCCGCAGAAUGUCCAUCCUGUCCUGGAGACAAGAUGGAGGUCACGUGCCGAGCGUUUCUCGGCCGACAGACCAACUCCAUCGUGUGGGAGAGCAGACCGCCGGACGGACAGUUUGUCCUCGACACCGACAGUAACAUAAACUACAGUACUCCCGUCGAUACGAAAAGCUGUAACUACUAUGCCGAGUCCACACUGUCACGUGACCUGACAGCUGCUGACCACAGGAGGGAGUGGCGCUGCCGGCUCAGCUUCGGACAAGCUGCUGCUACCUUCAUUGUCAUUACAGGAUCCUGUCCAAGUACUACAACAGAAAAAUUUGAUGAGGGGCCAAAGGCGGGAGCAAGUUCUAAGGAAAAACCCUUGCUGAUAGAAAACCAGUCGAAUCUCACGGUUAUCCUGGCCACUGUGAUUCCUGUCUCUGUUCUGACUCUCAUGGUCAUUCUGGCCAUGAUCGUCCUAAGGAGGCAUACAAAACAAGUUCCUCCAAUCCUACUCUUCCCAGAAGGCCCUCCCCCGUCUGAGUACAGCUUUUCAGCUGUGGCCGGACGUGGCCUCCCACCCCUGCCCCAGGUCCAAAGCAAUGACUACCACUUCAGCGCCACCAUCGACAAGAGCAGCGAACCUCCUCCCCCUCUGCCACCUUCCUACCAGCACGUGGAGAGCGCCGAUCAGUCCGUCUACGUAUCUAUGUCUGCCAUUCCCGGUAGCUGUGACACAUCAUCCACGUCCUGCAGUUCAGCUAGAAUGAGCGAGACUGGAAGGCUUUGGGAGGAUUCUGACGAUCAGGGAAUGCGCACAGAGAGAAGUGAGAGCACCUAUUCUAACAAGGAAGCCAUUGAGCGGGCUAAGAUGCUGGCUCAAGCCAAAGCCAAGAACUACAACACCUGUUUUAAUUACCUGGAUCUUCUGCCUCUGGAAGUGGACAAAGAAUAAAAAAAAAAAGAGUCAACUAAAAGAUGAUAAGAGCUCUCCAGAAAACAUCAAAGUGUUGAAAGAAGACAAGACUGUCAUUAAGAUGUUCGGCUAUGGCACAGUAAUUUAAACACCGAUUAUUGGAUCUUCCAUUUUUGUCAGCUUUUUUUUUUUUACUUGAUAUAUUUAUAAUUUAAUUUUGGCUCACUUUUUUCAAAGCAUUUUCAAGAAGAUCAACAAAAAGGAAAUGAGAAACAAGCACUUUCUCAUACCAUCAUCUUCAUAAAUUGCUUGGCUGGAGUUAAAAACUGAAUGUGGCAGCUGAUGCUUUAUUUGCUGAACACUUCAUUUGCAGUGAUCAGCAAGCAUGUCUAACCUUUUUAUCAAGAUUAAUGCAGUCUGUUUUAUUAAGGAAUCAUCUGAGUUCACCAGAUGAAUACUUACUUUUACAAGCAUUUUUGUCUUUUUCCUGAAAUGUUUUCAUUCUUGAGUAAAUUUAUGCACCUUUUAAUUUUGCUUAUUUAUUUGAAUAAAUAUCAUUUGGUUCACAUAAUGAUAAUUUGCUUUCAUAUUCCACACAAGACCACAGCCACACAAAAGAGAUUUUGAUGCGACCACUGCCAUUUGUUUUGUAUUUGUCAAUUUUUCAACUAAUCAAAUGUAAUAACAAGAAGCAUUUGAAAAAUCCUUCCAGAUAAUACAAAUUCAGAAUUUGUGCAAUUUCACCUUUUUUUGCAAACUAGAUUGAAAUAAUCUUGUUUGUACCAUUGAUUUGCACCUUUGUCAAUUUGUCAUUUUUGUUUUAGUGCCUAUAUAUAGGUUACUUGGCAGGUACAAUUUAAGGAAUGUACAGGCUACUUGUUUAUAAAUCUAAUACUUCUCAAAGCUGAUCUCAGAUAUAUUUAUAACAUUUACUGUAUCAACUGUUAAAUUUUGUACAAAAAGACUGUAUGUGCAAUCCAUAAUUUCCAUAAUUACUUUUAAUGCCAACAACUCAGAGGUGGCAAAAGCGCAUUUAUAUCUACACACAAUAGAUAAGAGCAUCUUGCACACAGGGUUCAUCUUAUAACAUGUGAGUGUGUUUACACGCAUUAGUGUAACUAGAUGUAUUUGCAUGUUAAAAUGCACAAACUUUUACAAAAUAUUUUUCUAUUAAAUUUUUAUGUGUGUCAAUAAUUAUUCGAUAUGAAACUGGGGUGAUUUGCUUGCUGCAAUUUAGUGUGGUAAGUUGGACUGGAAGAGAAAAACUGCUUGGAAAAAUGCAAGCUAUUAUCUUGAUUUCAUUUCAUUGGACAAUGUGAAAACAGCACUGUUAGUGCUAACAUCCUUGUAACUUCACAUCUGCGUCCUGCCAAUUUUGUUUUGAAUAAUUUUGUGAAAAAAUAAUCUUCGAUCACCUAUUUCUAAGGUAAGAUCUACAAGCCUCUGGAUAUUUUAUAAAAUGCACCCGUAAUUAAUUCUAUGUAAUUGCAGUGGUCCUAACUUUUGUUUUCUUGUUAAUGUGUCACAAAAGUGCCAUUCAUGCCACACAGAUGAAGUAAAAGGUUGUCUCCUAACCAUUUUUCAAAUCAUUGUGGGGUGAGACCUCACUUUCUUAGGGCCAGCAUUUUUGUGAGGAUGAUGUUCUCUCUCAAUCUUGUUGCCUCACUUCCCCACUCUCUAGGGAGUUGUGACCCAUCCUGAAAGCUGUGUUGACUGGGGAAAAGUUUGAUAUGCAAUGCAGGUAUAAAAGAGGCACUCUUUGAGUAAUGUGAUGUUUGAUAUGUACUCAAGAAUGGGUCAGUUAUUCGCUUAGAUUUUGGAAAUAUGUAACCUACUAAAUCCAUUUGUUUGGAAAUAUUUUACUUCAUUAUUUAAAAGUAAGAUAUUUAAUGUGCAGAAUAGGAUUUAUCACAGCUAAACCUAGAUUUCAUUCACUAAUUAAUUGUAAUACAAUCUAAGCAAUUGUUAGUAUUUAACUUUUGCAGGUAAAACAUUUUGUCUGAUUCCAUCAGCAAGAUUGAAUUGGUUUAAUCAACUUUAUUUGGGUCUGGCUGAAGCUCAAAUUUAAUUUGCAAAAUUGGAAAGUUGGCAUCCAUAACGUUGUGUGACAGAAGCAUUUAAUAAGAUACUAAUUUUUAAAAUCCGAGUGGAAAAAAACUGAUCCACUCAUGAGGUAUGCAUUGAGCAUCACAGUUCUCACAAACAUUUUGAAAAAAUGCCAAGAAGUUACUUUCUUUGACAUCUCAAGAGUUAUUUCUUUGACUGGGCAUUGCCUCAUUAACAAAUAAUGCAAGCUCUUCUAUUGGCUGGGUAGUCUGGUGGUGCAAUAUUUUGCACCUGUCACCAAUACAGUGAACGUUGACUGUCCUGGAUUCACGACUUGUUUCGGGCACACUUUUCUUUCUCUGCAUGUGACAUCUGCUUACAGGGCUGGCUGCCUUGCCAUGAUAGUCUUAGUUGCUGGCUCAGCGUAAAACACCAAUUCUCCCCCCACACCUCUUCUAUUAGCUGCAGCCUUCAGUAAUAUAACUAUUUAGAAUUUAAGUCAAUCCACAUUUUGAAAAACUAAAAAUGAACAAAUUCACAACACAUUUUUGUGGGGGAAAAAAUACUGACAGGUCUAUUUCUGUUAAAUUAUGCCUGCUUUACAAAGUAUACUGCACACAUGUCUAAAUACAUUAAUUGACAUGUUUAAAAAUCCUCCUCCUCACAUUAUCACCAAAAAAAAAUUCACAUAAGAAUUGUGUAGUUUACAUUUUCUUGCAGUUUUCAAGCUUUGCAUAGUUUCAGAUCAACUAAUAACUCUUCCUUUUGGCACCAUGGUAUAUGCAAGUGUUGUAGAUUUGUUUCAUGUCAUCUUGAAGGGAACAUAAAUGUCUUUAUUUAUUUAGAUGGAAUCAGAAUGGUGUAGAGAUUUGUUUUCUACCAGUUACAGCUACAGGGUGUGUUGAUACAUUGGGGUGUAGUGAGAAAAAAGGCAUAAAAGACUAAAAGGUUGAGAACAUGGAUCAUACUAAGUCAUGAAACACUACACUCUUAACCUUUAAAUCCAGAAUGGGAUUAAACUGAAACUUGUUAAGUUUUGUUAAUCACCUCAGCAGUUAGCUUUCAGCACAGUUCUUGUGUGGUGUUGCUACUGCUGACUAUUAUGGGGAUGUUUCUAAACGAAUUCUGCAUAUUGUGAAAUGUAAAUUUUUGUGUUUGAGAUUGUUCUAAUGCCUUUAUCUUAGAUGAUUGUGUGAAUAUGUAGCACCUUUUAAAAUAUUGGUUUUUUCCCCCCCAGCAAUCAUUAUGACUUUUUUGAAGCAGUUAAUAAUGUUUUAUUAUGCAAACAUUACUUCUCAGGUCUUUUUUUGCAUUAUCCAGCUUUCCUUCAUAUCAUUUUUUAGAUGGGCAAAAUUCUAAAGCCAUCUUCCUUAUCAUGAUUUACAAAAGUAUAGCAACAUUCUUAUUAGUAUGUGCGAGUACAAGUGCAGUAUUUCCUCAUUUGUUAAAGAAUACAACUACUUAUACUUCUUGAUGAGCAAAUUAUUCACAAGAAUAGAAUUGAAGAUACCUCUUUGGUUAAUACCUCUUUGCAUUCUUACAGAAAAAAACGAAACUGCCUAGUUUUAUCACAUUUAUGGUGAAUAUGUAAUUUGUUUUGACGUACAGAAUUAAAACACUGUAUACAUUGUGUAUGCACCUACAAA